CCUGGCAUUAAUACAGAGGACUCAGGGUUACUGCGACCUGUGUUCCCAUAAUGCCAGGCUUUACCACGCGUGUGUGUCUGCGUGUGACGUCUGUCAUUCUGCACAGCGACAAACACAACAGAGUUAAAACCGUCUGUUGUUAACACGCGGCAGACACUCGCUUCCUCCGUCUCUUGUUGCUGCUUGAUGACUAAGUCGCCUGCUGCUCUUUGUUCCAGUCACACAACUUUUCAUCAGCUCGAGAUGAUGGAUGAAGAGGCCACCAAGCGUUACCUUCGGGUGAGCGACGUUGGGCUGCAGCAGGAACAGGCUGAGGUAGGGAGUAAAGUUCAGGCUGGUCAAGAGGACAGAGAGAUCACCGUCCAUGAAGACGCCAUCAUCUGACUCUUCCUGCUGCGCAUCCUGUAUCAGUCUGAACGACAGAUGUCCUCGACCUCGGGGAAUCAUCAACCUGCUCAUCACCAAAGUCUGUUUGUUUGCUCUGCUGUUCGGAGUCGUCUGGGCCAUCACGGGAAAAGAGUGUUUACCUGGAGGGAACCUGUUCGGCAUCAUCAUCCUCUUCAUCUGCUCCGUGCUGGGAGGGAAGCUGGUGGGAAUGAUCCAACUGCCCACACUGCCCCCCUUCCCUCCACUACUUG